UGCUAAGAGACAGGCAACCACAAGGCAGAAGGAGGCGGUCCGGCAUUUUUUCCUCCCUUUCACCGCCUGAGCGUCUCCAGAUCUGGUCACCAUGUCGGACCCCGAAGUCGAUACCUUGCGAAGUACCUUUCCCUCUUACAUGGCAGAGGGCGAGCGGCUCUAUCUGUGCGGGGAGUUCUCUAAAGCAGCCCAGAGCUUCAGCAACGCUCUCCAUCUGCAGAAUGGAGACAAGAACUGCCUGGUUGCCCGUUCCAAGUGCUUCCUGAAGAUGGGAGAGUUGGAAAAAUCCCUGAAAGAUGCUGAAGCGUCACUGCAGAGUGAUCCGACGUUCUGCAAGGGGAUUUUACAAAAGGCUGAGACCCUAUACACCAUGGGAGAUUUUGAGUUUGCCUUGGUGUUCUAUCAUCGGGGCUACAAGCUGCGGCCUGAUCGGGAAUUCAAAGUUGGGAUUCAGAAAGCCCAGGAAGCCAUCAACAACUCAGUGGGAAGUCCCUCCUCGAUUAAGUUGGAGAACAAAGGAGACCUCGCCUUCUUAAGCAAGCAGGCUGAGAAUAUGAAAGCCCAGCAGAAGCCUCAUCCCAUGAAACAGCUCUCCCAUCACACCAAGAGAGAGUCUAAGCGGAAGGGCUCAUUCAAGAGUGAAAAGACUUUCCGUCAGCUCCUGGGGGAGCUCUACGUGGACAAGGAAUAUCUGGAGAAGCUCCUUUUGGAUGAAGACCUGAUCAGAGGCACCAUCAAGGGAGGCCUGACUGUGGAGGACCUCAUCAUGACAGGCAUCAACUACUUGGACACUCGCAGUGACUUCUGGAGGCAGCAGAAACCCAUCUAUGCCAGGGAGCGGGACCGGAAGCUGAUGCAAGAAAAGUGGCUGCGGGACCGCAAACGCCGUCCCUCGCAGACAGCCCGUUACAUCCUCAAGAGUCUCGAGGACAUUGACAUGUUGCUGACCAGCGGCAGUGCCGAGGGCAGUCUUCAGAAAGCUGAGAAAGUGCUGAAGAAGGUGCUGGAAUGGAACAAAGAAGAGGUACCCAAUAAGGAUGAACUGGUUGGCAACUUGUACAGCUGCAUCGGGAAUGCCCAGAUUGAGCUGGGACAGAUGGUAGCCGCCCUGCAGAGCCACAGAAAGGACCUGGAGAUUGCCAAGGAAUAUGACCUUCCUGACGCAAAAUCAAGAGCCCUUGAUAACAUUGGCAGGGUUUUUGCCAGAGUUGGGAAAUUCCAGCAAGCCAUUGACACGUGGGAGGAGAAGAUCCCUCUGGCAAAAACCACCCUGGAGAAGACCUGGCUGUUCCAUGAGAUUGGCCGCUGCUACUUGGAGCUGGACCAGGCCUGGGAGGCCCAGAAUUACGGCGAGAAGUCCCAGCAGUGUGCCGAGGAGGAAGGGGACCUUGAGUGGCAGCUGAAUGCCAGCGUUCUGGUGGCACAGGCACAAGUGAAGCUGAGAGACUUCGAGUCCGCUGUGAACAACUUCGAGAAGGCCCUGGAGAGAGCGAAGAUCGUGCACAACAACGAGGCGCAGCAGGCCAUCAUCAGUGCCCUAGACGACGCCAACAAGGGCAUCAUCGAGGAACUGAAGAAAACGAACUACAGGGAGGUCCUCAAAGAAAAGAAAGAGGAAGGGGAUGCUGCACUGAAUGAAGAGAAGAAGAUGGUAAAGGAGAAGGAAACAAGAAGGGAGAGAGACGAGCCUGAGAAGGUGAUGAAGCAGUGGGAGAGAGAGCACACGGAGAGUGAGAAAGAGACAGAGGACGAGGACGACCAGGGCGCCGAGGGGGCAUCCAGGGAUGCUCUGGGGGACAUGGCGAAGAAACGGCAGAGAGCGGAAGCAGUGAGAACCAGGAGGGACUUGGGAGGAGCUGCUGAGAGCCGGUCCUCAGAACUGGGUGCAAGAUCAGGAGGGACGGGCAGGCCUUUUCCAGACGUGGGCAGACGAGAAUCGAGGGAGAUUUACAGGAGGCCUUCAGGACAGUUAGACCAGGAACUCGCGGCAGAACUGAGCAGAAAGGAGUCGGGAUUAGAGAGGGCACGGUCAGAAGCAGAAAGAGAAGAGUCAGAGCCAGGACGCGUAGACUUGGGAGAAGGAGAAGUGAAAAAGCCAGAAGAUGCUUCCGAGGUGGAAAACCAGUAUGAAUGAAGUUGUAUUCAUCACUGGGCAUUAGGAUUUGGAAGCUGGUGUCACAGGGACCGUGAUACCUCAGCGACACUGGGUUUUCAAACAGAUGUGCCUUUAAUAGAAAAAUGGGGCAUUGGUCUCACAGGUCACCUCUGCCUCUUGUGUCACUGUUUUCCUAU